AUGGUGCUGCCCACACGUAUGGCUCUGAAUGUUUCUUUUACCAAGAAACUUUCGUAUCCUCUUCUCUCUCCCUCUCUGCUUUGCUUUCCCUCCGAAAUCCGAAGGUUGAUUCCUGCAAGACUUACAUCGUUUCAAUUUCCUGCGUCCUUUUUCACCUCUCUCAAUCACUAUUCAUCAUUGUCUCUCCGCCUGGAACCUUACUACGACCAUGAAAACUUCUUCUACGGUUUCAAUCUCGAUUCUUUUUAUGCUUCUCUCAUUGAACAUUCGACCCAGAAGAGGCAUUUGGAUCAAAUCCAUGCCCAGUUGCUUGCACUGGGUUUGCACGAAAGCGGUUUUUUAGUAACCAAAUUUGUGAAUGUUGCCUCGAAUCUUGGAUAUAUUUGGUAUGCCCGUAAGGUGUUUGAUGAAUUUAUCGAACCCCAUGUGUUUCUAUGGAAUGCUAUCAUCAGGGGAUAUUCAAAGCACAAUAAGUUUGUUGAAGCUAUUGAAAUGUACUCACGAAUGCAGGUUCUGGGGAUAAGUCCGGACUCUUUUACACUUCCUCAUGUGCUCAAAGCUUGCGGUGGCUUACUGGCACUUGAAGUGGGUCGUCGGAUACAUGGUCAGAUAUUUAGAAUAGGGUUUGAAAGCGAUUCGUUUGUGCAGAAUAGCCUUGUGGCUUUGUAUUCAAAAUGUGGUCAAAUACAGCGCGCAAGAAUUGUGUUUGAUGGGUUAUGUGAUAGAACAAUUGUUUCAUGGACCUCAAUCAUUUCUGGGUAUGCCCAGAAUGGUCAACCUAUGGAAGCUUUGAGAAUUUUCAGUCAGAUGAGACGGUUGGAUGUGAAGCUAGACAGGAUUGUGCUUGUUAGUAUUCUCAAAGCAUACACCGAUGUAGAGGACUUGGAACAGGGGAAAGCCGUUCAUGGUUGUUUAAUUAAGAUGGGUCUUGAAUUUGAACCUGACUUGCUUAUUUCGCUCACAGCUAUGUAUGCAAAAAGUGGGCAAGUCAUGGUUGCUAGAACAUUUUUUGAUGAGACUAAGACAUCAAAUGUAAUAUUGUGGAAUGCCAUGAUUUCUGGUUAUGCUAAAAAUGGUUAUGCUGAAGAAGCUGUAGAAUUGUUCCGUGAGAUGAUUUCUAAGAACAUCAGAACAGACUCAGUCACUAUGAACUCUGCUAUUUUAGCUUGUGCGCAAGUGGGUUCUCUUGAAUUAGCAAGAUGGAUGGAUGAUUAUGUUAGGAUGAGUGAGUGUAGAAAUGAUACUUUUGUCAACACAGCCCUUAUUGACAUGUAUGCCAAAUGUGGAAAUGUAGAUUUUGCUCGCAAGGUUUUUGAUAGAACUCCGGAUAAAGACGUUGUUGUAUGGAGUGCAAUGAUUAUGGGCUAUGGACUGCAUGGUCGAGGACAAGAAGCUAUUGUUCUUUACCAUGAUAUGGAGCAAGCUGGAGUGACCCCAAACGAUGUCACCUUUGUUGGGCUUCUAACUGCAUGCAACCAUUCAGGUUUUGUAGAAGAGGGAUGGCGGCUUUUCCACUGCAUGAAAGAUUAUGGCAUUGAGCCACGCCACCAGCAUUAUGCAUGUGUAGUUGAUCUGCUUGGGCGUGCAGGUUUUGUGGAUAAAGCUUAUGAUUUUAUCAUGAACAUGCCUAUUCCGCCUGGCAUAAGCGUAUGGGGAGCACUACUGGGUUCAUGCAAGAUUUAUAGAAGGGUGAGUUUAGGAGAAUAUGCUGCAGAACAACUUUUCUCAUUAGACCCAUAUAACACAGGUCAUUAUGUUCAACUAUCUAAUCUCUAUGCUUCAGCCCGUAUGUGGGAUCAUGUUGAGAAGGUACGGGUUUUGAUGAAGGAAAAAGGGCUCAGUAAAGACCUGGGGUAUAGUUUGAUUGAAAUCAAUGGAAAACUUCAGGCAUUUCGUGUGGGAGAUAAGUCACAUCCAAGAUCUAAGGAAAUUUAUGAGGAGCUUGAUAAUUUGGAGAGGAGGUUGAGAGAGGCAGGAUUUGUCCCUCACACAGAAUCAGUUCUACAUGACUUGAAUUAUGAAGAGACAGAGCAGACACUUUGUAAUCAUAGUGAGAGACUUGCAAUUGCAUUUGGCCUCAUCAGUACUGCUCCUGGAACUACACUUAGGAUAACUAAGAAUCUUCGAGCAUGUGUGAACUGUCAUUCAGCAACCAAGCUUAUAUCCAAGCUUGUCAAUAGAGAGAUAGUUGUUAGAGAUUCGAAUCGUUUUCAUCAUUUCAAGAAUGGAUCUUGUUCUUGUGGAGAUUAUUGGUGAGAGUUGAGAUCAGAGAACUUCAGGAUAACAGUGAGAUUACUUCCUGGUUCAGUUGAUCUCACAAGGAAACAAGCACAUGUUCCAUCCAACUAUGCCUUGAAUCUGAGUGCAGCUCAAGAAUAAAUUUCAGCAUGAAAUAAUUUGGACCAGAUGCCUUAUCUUAGCUGAUGGAUCGGAGUUUUUCCAACCAAGAACUAUGUGGAAGGGACGAUGUACUGAACUAAAACCAAGUUGGGUUUUACCACAUGCUAUAUUGGAAGUCUCUGGGUGGAAGAGAGCAGAGAGGGUUUCCAGCUACCGUAUCUACUUAAACCUACUAAAGCUUACUUUACCGUUACCAGCCGCCUGCUAAUUGUGACUUAUGUGCCAAGCUUUAAUUUAUGAUUUAUUUUUUAUUUGCCACAAGACCAAAAUCUAGUCGUAACACAGUGAAAUAUAAAGAACCAAGACAAAUGUACCUGUAUAAAUAUCGGUGCAAUAAUUUUUAUUGCGCCUAUUUAGAUGUAUUAGCACAGUUGUAGCUCCAGCACCAAAUAAGAGAGGAUCUAACAUUUUCCUAUUUUUCAGUCAAUGGCCUCACAAUUUAGGAUUUUUUUU